CAUGAGUGUUAAAGGGAAGGAAAUGACUGGUUAGAGAGUUCAUUCCAGAAGCAGGGCCACUGAAGUAAAGAUUUGAGUGUGGAACGUGGUGCUGUAAAACAUUAAAACAAUGAGUUUCACCUUCCUCUUGUCCAUUGUUUUCCUAUCAGUUACGCACGCUUCAAUUAGUGGACCAGGAGAUAAAAGUGGACACGUGGGAGCAUCUGUCACAAUCCAAUGCAGUUUUGACACAUAUUUUCAGAAUUAUCAGAAGUACUGGUGCAAAGGCUACUACAAGAGAAGCUGUACUGUUUUAGUACAAACUAAUGGCCCUGAAAAGAAAAGUCAUGAUGGCAGAAUAAAAAUUACAGCUGAUAAUGCAAAAGGACAACUUACAGUACAUAUGGACCAGAUAACGAAAAGUGAUAAAGGAUGGUACUGGUGUGGAAUAGAGAGACCUAACCUUCUGGAUCCAUUAACUCCCAUACAACUUAAAGUUCUUGAAGGUCGAAAGGAUUAUACUAAGGACAAGGAAAGACUAAGACUUUUCCUAACGUUGGGAAUAAUCUUUGGAAUUCUGAUGGUAAUGUUUCUUGGACUUGUGAUCCUAAUUGUCAAAAAAAUAAGGAAAUACAAAGCUGAUGAUAACAGAGAGAAGGAAACAACAAUAGAAAAUUCUAUCCCAAAGUCAAACUCCGUGUUAUCAAAGGAGUUGGAAGAAGGAGUUACGUAUGCCACGGUGACGAUUCAGCCCAAUAAUAACCCUCAAGAGGACUCUGCUGCUCACGAGAAGGUGAGAACCUCCAACAGUCAGGAAGCAAUCAAGCCAGCUGUUGCCGAGCCUCCUGCUUCAGAACCAAUAGAGUAUUCGACAAUUGUAUUCAAAAAGUGCAAAGGCUUUUGCGCAACCUAUGGCAAACAUUUCAUUAUUGCUAAGUCCAUGAAUUCUGUCUAUCAGAUAGGAAGGAGAUUACAGUUUCUGAUUAAAACCAGACCGCACAUAGGGCAUUCUGUCCACAAUAUUGGCCAGACCUUUUCAAUCAUGAAAAUAAUUGAAUUUAUUGUCAUCCUAAUUGCAGUUUCAUUAUCAGGAUCAUACGGAGUUAUGGCACCAAAUGAAGUGAACGGAAGGUUAGGAAGCUCCAUCACUAUCAACUGCCAGUACAACAUAGCAAGGAACAGAGAUUCCGAGAAGUAUUGGUGUAAGGGAAAGUGGAGAUUUUCAUGCACUAUGUUGGCGUCCACUCAAAGAAUGCAGCAGGAAAGACCCAGUAGACUGUUUAUUAUGGACAAUCAAACCAAUGGGGUAUUUUCAGUAACAAUGCAGCAAUUAUCGCUGGAAGAUGCAGGAUGGUAUUGGUGUGGGAUAAUAAAGGAGGGCACUGAUGAAAUGGCUGAUGUUAAAUUGAAUGUUCUCCAAGCUGGAUUGACUGGGCUAAGACAAGUGUAUGGAACUUUAGGAGAUGGUGUCACUGUUGAAUGCCAGUAUCAAGUGCCAUAUUACAAGAGCCAUGGAAAAUACCUGUGUAAGGGUUCAGAGAGGAAAUCGUGUAUUGUGAUAGCUAGAACUCAAAAACAGAAUGCAAACAGCAGUGGAAGGAUAUCAGCUGUGGAUAACCAGAACAGUGGAGUGUUUGCAGUGACCAUUACCCAAUUAACGAUGGAGGAUGAGGGACUCUACUGGUGUGGAAUCACAAUGUUUGGAUAUGACAGAAUGGAUCCUUUACAACUGAACAUUUUUGAACCUCUUACAACAACAGCACUGCCUGAAGAAUCUCAGAUAGGAAUGGGCUUCAAAAAUGAAAGCACGCCAAAUUUUUCCAUAACAGUGGUACCUGCACUCGGAAUUGUGGUUAUACUGUCCCUUGUUGUGACUAUCUAUGCCACAAGAUACAGGAAGAAAACUGCAGCUGGUGAGAAAGAGUUAAGACGCACCAGGGAAGAUUCGAAUCCGGUUUAUAAUGAUAUGCCUUUCAGAGAUUAUGGUGAAGAUAUCACUUAUGACAUGGAAACAAGCAAAUCCCUCAAUUGGACGAAAGACUUUCCUACUUAUAUUUGUGAUAAGCAAAAGUAUGAACAGAAGGAGUCUAUCUAAUUAGCAAGUACUGCUAAUUCUGGAGAAUGGAAUCAAUGAUCUACAAUUGGAUUUCAAUAUUGCUUCUCUCAUCAAUACUUUAAACUCUCAUACUAACAUCACAAGAACAGUCUGAAGGUUCCAUUUUAAUCAAUGUUUUCAUUCCCAUCUGUUGCCUGGGAGAUCGGCAAGAAAUGUGGCUAUUGUUGCUGAUGUCAUUAACAAUCUGUUUCCUUGCAGUCCAUCUUCAUUUACUGGUAAAUCCUUAAUUAAAGGGACUAAUGUCUAUACUCAAAUUUCAGCCAGAGAAAUACCAUAUGGACAAAUUGUAUACUCAUCCAGUGAUGCUCCGACAAUGAUUCCUUGGUAAAUUGUCUCUCUCUGCUUUUAUGAAUUCUUUUUAUAAAAACAUUGUCGUCUUUA